AAACAAACCAAAAAUGCGACAACCUCUUAACACUCACCAAGACUCUCCAUGAGACCAGCGAUUGAUGGGGAUAAAAUGGCGGAUAAAGGACAUUUCUAUUCCUACAAGGAGAUACGAUUAAACCUCGAUUCGCCCAUUCAAAAUUCUACCAUUGUGAUUCGUUUACCUGCACAUGGAACUCCAGCCUCAAGAAUAGCACAAAAUCGACCUCAUAUUACGGAAAUACCAAUUGCGGAGGAUGAAAAAACUUUCAAGCAAAAGUACUUAGCUACUGCCGGUUCAAUUUAUCACCGCACACAAGACGUCUUUCCCCGAAGCUACUUAUGGAGGGUAUUGGAAGAUGGAAAGGUGUUGUCAGUACAGGCGAUCGAUGUAUCGAGACAACAAAACACGGCAGACGCACAUCUCACCUUGAGGUUACAAUUCCCGAGUGCCAUUAAACCUGGUUGUGUUGCUUUCGUAGAUUGUAAGGAACAUGACUAUGUCAGCGCAUUUAUGUUGACCGAAACACAUCACCUUUAUAGCUUGAGACUUUGGCCGGACUUCUUUCGCAACCCUUCGAGCACGGAGAAUAAUGUUGGAAACUGGUGCAAGUCAUAUAUAUCUUCGGUCUUCAGCUUCAAAAAGCCUCAUAGGAUGGUUGCGCUAAGUGCCAAUGAGUUGUUGAUCUCUAAUUUUGAUGGAGGGCUUUUGAAGUUGGAGAGAAAAUCGGGUGGAGAUGGUAUGUUGAAGCUCCACUAUAGAAACUCUACGGUUAGCUAACCCUUAAAAUAGGUUCCGAGUGGAAAGAAAUUCAUUAUAAUCCAGGUGGAUGGAGAGAUGGACUAAAGAGUUUAAUACCUUUCCAAGGGACCAAUACUAUUCGAUUUGGAGAUGCUAAUGUCGAAUUAUCCACGGUUACUUCUAUAUCUUCACCAUCAACCAGCAUCGAUGGUCAGUCAUAUGCGUUUACUGUGUCUCUCGAUCAUAAUCUUCGAAUUUGGAAUUUAUUUACUGGAAGAAUUGCAUAUGUCGGUGAUAUCCUUGGCCAGGGAACAGAUAAUAAGAACCCUAGAAAGUCAGUCAUCGACCCAUCAUAUUCACAACUGGUUAAGGUAUAUGGCCACAAUGACGAAAGCGCUCUAUGUGUCACAUACUCUCCAAUUGGUGAAGGGCAAUUUAAAUUCUGGAAUGUUACUCCAGCCGCGGAGGUUGGAAAUUUGGUCGUAUCAGACUCUUUUCCUAAUAAUACAUUAGUGCCUCAAGCGCCCACUUCAGACCUAUGGACCAUGGCGGAUUUCUCUGUCGUUCCGGAUAGAACAAGAAAUUCCUUGACUUUGUGGACCUUGUGGAAAAACAACACAACUUAUCGAGUACAAAAACUUUAUUUUGGGAAUGAUUCUGAAGAAAGGAUUGAGCAAUUGUGGGAUGAAGGCUGGGAAGCUACGGUGAGCGAAAGUUUGGCUCAAACACCCUUACCCACCGUCUAUUCUGGAGAUGCCUCGGACUCAACAGACAAGUGGUUAGCAUACAUACUAUAUCCAGGUAAAUUCACCCACGCGACCAUAGAGACCGGAUUGGCCAUCUACGAAAGAGGUCUAAGAACAUCGAGGGAUACAUCACGCAGAUCCGCACCAUUACCUGAGCGGAUAUGUUCCAGUAUUGCGAUUACCGCCACAUUGAAUCGAGCAUCGGAUGGAGGUGUUGAUUUUGAACAAUUUCGCCUUGCCACUGAUGCACAAUGGAGACGAUUUUUUCGACUGCUUAUUGAGUUAGACAGACAAAGAGGUGAAGCCCUAUCUUUAACCAUUGACCCUAUGGGAGAGAUGCCUUGGAUUGUCUCAGCCGAUGGAUUAUCAGCAGUCCGAGAUUGUAGUGGUUUAGAAAGAAUAUGGCACAACCCUGAACAGACUCCUGCUAGCAUGGAAUAUGUAUCUACUCUUCUUACUGCUGGAUCCCUGUUUGGUGAGGCAGUCCCAGAUGUUCUAUAUCAUGGCUUCCGCUCCGCCAUAUUAGGUCAGCUUUACCAAGAGCCAACUUUGCUUCCAGCAGCUAGAAUGAAGAUGCUUUACGAUGGUUGUGAUUACUCGAAUCAAAUCGGUGAUGAAGAGUAUCAUCAGCUAGUGACAAAUUUGGGAGGUACAUUCCAGGAUGUCAAUCCCCACGUAUAUGAAGCUCUUCUUGAAUUCAUGAUCACAUCUAUUGGAAGCGAGUUGAGACAUCCAUUACCCUUGGCCAACACUGGCAAUAGGCUUAUUGUUAAGGGUGUUCAAGAGACUAUUGAGCUACAUCGAAGCAUUUGUCUUGAUCAGCUCCUUUUGUUAAUUCUCAUUGAGGUUGAAAUUAAUCACGGGGAGGAGGGAAUUCAAUUUGAAACCAGCGCAGUUUUCAAUCAGCUUCUGAUUAUGCUCAAGAGACUUGAACUUGUUUCUUGGUUGGCUAAAACUCAAAUUGACUUACCUCUUACAACUCGUGAACGCUCAAAUUCCUUGAAUGAAUCAACAUCAAGUGUGUCGAAGAAGUCAAUAACUUAUGAGACUGUCACAGCCCUAGAAGGUGUUCAUAGACAUUUAUUCGGCUUAGAGCGAGGAGUAUCGAUGUCUACAGCCUUGACAGACUUCAUUAUAGAACUAUGCAAGCCGGAUAGUAGAUACGAAUCCCCACCCGCUAUUAUUCAAUGUUUCUUAUUGAAGCAAAAUCACUCUGAUCUGGCCAUGGAAUUUUCUCGCUUCACUGAACACGGUUCAUUCUCCACAUAUAUUCAAGGAAGAGCGUGUCUGGCUGCUAAUGAUCCUCGCACAGCAGCAUUGCACUUCAAAAAAGCUGCUUUUGGAAUGGGUAAGUUAUCCUAGCAAUUUACUAUCAAGAGGUCUUUAAGUUAACUUAUUUUCCUCUUAGCAUAUCCAGAUCACAAACACGCAAACACACACAGUGCAGGUCUUCUAGACGAAACGGAAAAGAAUCUUCUGAAUGUAGGUCUUCCAGAAUAUUAUUCUCAUAUCGUCUCUUUAUAUGACAACGAAAAAAUGCACUCCUUCGUCAUCGAUUUCUCCCGUCUAGCUCUCCAAUUCAUUAGACCUGGUCAACACGAUCCUCAACUUAGCGCCGAAAUGCACAGUCGCCUCUUUCACGCUGCUCUCCAAACCUUCCGCUACGAACUCGCUUACUCAACCCUAUGUCUCUUUACAAAUACCGCCCUCCAAACUUCCUCACUUAGAUUACUCAUUACCAAAAUGUGUGAAUCAUCCCACGCAACCCAACUUAUUUCUUUCCCUUUCCUCGGACUUCAAGACCUUGUCGAUGAAAUACUUGCACAGAAAUGCUCGAAUAUCAUUGAAGUCACAAAUGGUGUCCCAUAUCAUAAAAUCCUUUACGCGUGGCGCAUUCAACAUUCCGAUUUCCGUGGCGCAGCAGCUAUUUCUCUGGAAAGAUUACACCGUCUUCAAGCAUCUUCCGAAAGCGAUAGUAAAAUAGGAAGUAGAGAAUUCGGUCAAGAGGGAGAAACAUUGGUUACGAAACAAUACGUGGCGGUUAUUAAUGCAUUGAGUUGUGUGGAUCCAAAACAUGCGUGGAUUUUAUGUGAAGGGGUUAGAGGUAAAGAUGCAGGAAAUGGGGGAAGAGGGACUGGAAGGGGAGUUUCGAAAGGAGGAAAAGAUGAUAGUAGUGCGGGUGUGAAGAGAAGAGUAGUUACCUUGGCGGAUGUUAGGAGAGGGUAUCAGGAAGAACUGGAUCGCGUGGCCGCAAUUGAAAAUGGAAGGUUUAGUUUAGGUGGUGGGGACGGUGUUGGAGGUGCUGAUAUGAUGGAGAUGUGAAUCUGAAGCAGGAGAUAAUUCAUCAAGAAGAAGAGAAGAAGCAUGGAAACGAAAAGAUGUAAUGUAUGCGAGAGCGAGCGAGCGAAUGACAGACAAACAAGGUAAUGGGCGUAAAUUAUCGGUUGGUUUUCAUUGAUUGAUUGAUUUGGCAGGUAUGCUCGAUGGAUGGACGGAUGAAUGGAUCAUGAGAUCUUUAAAGAAAAAGAAAGAUAUGGUUUGGUAUCUUCUUAGGCAAUGUUGUAAGGAUAGAAAUUAUAUAUUUUUUAUGGAAUCAUACAAAUUACAUGGAUGAUUGAUUGAUGGGUGGAUGGGUGGAUGGAUGUGUGGGAUAUUUAUUUCCUUCAUUUAUAAGUCAGUCAAUAGACACAAUAUGUAAAAGGCAUGAAGCAGAAUUUUGAACUACAUUAGUU